GUUUUAGUUUACCCGCCGCCCCCACCUUCCUCUCUGUCGGAGAUUUCAGUUCUCAAAUCUCCAGAUUCGAGAACUGAUCUCGGAACCCUAAUUCAACAAUGGCGAUAGAAGCCGCCGCCACAACAUCAUCCAACGACCUCCGUCCAAUCCCCCAACCACCGGAUUUCCACCCCGCCAUCGUCGUCCCAUCCCAACCCAACGGACUCCGAUUCUGGCAACUCAUGGUCGCCGGCUCAAUCGCCGGCUCAGUCGAACACAUGGCGAUGUUCCCAGUCGACACCAUCAAGACCCACAUGCAAGCCAUCCGCCCCUGCCCGAUCAAACCCGUCGGAAUCAGCCAAGCUUUCCGAUCGAUCAUCAAAACAGAGGGCCCAUCCGCUCUGUACCGAGGCAUAUGGGCCAUGGGCCUCGGCGCCGGCCCAGCUCACGCCGUUUAUUUCUCCUUUUACGAAGUCUCCAAGAAGUAUCUAUCCGGCGGGGAUCCUAACAACUCCGCGGCGCACGCGGUUUCCGGCGUGUGCGCCACCGUGGCGAGUGAUGCUGUUUUCACUCCGAUGGAUAUGGUUAAGCAGAGGCUGCAGAUCGGGAACGGGACUUACAAGGGGGUUUGGGAUUGUGUCGGGAGGGUGAUGAGGGAGGAAGGGUUUGGUGCUUUCUACGCUUCUUAUAGGACGACGGUGCUUAUGAACGCUCCGUUUACCGCGGUUCAUUUCGCGACGUAUGAGGCGGUGAAGAGGGGGUUGAGGGAGUUUUCUCCGGAGCGUGUUGGUGGCGGAGAGGAGGAGGAAGGGUGGUUGAUUUACGCUACGGCGGGUGCUGCGGCUGGUGGGUUGGCGGCUGUUGUGACUACUCCGCUUGAUGUUGUCAAGACACAGUUGCAGUGUCAGGGUGUAUGUGGUUGUGACCGGUUCAAGAGCGGUUCAAUAAGCGAUGUGUUUCGGACAAUAUUGAAGAAAGAUGGUUAUAGAGGACUUGCCAGAGGGUGGCUACCGAGAAUGCUAUUCCAUGCUCCAGCAGCUGCGAUCUGCUGGUCCACUUAUGAAACAGUCAAAUCAUUCUUUCAAGAUGUUAAUGGCGACUCAAACACAGCUUGAAGAAGAUAUAAACAUGAGUUUGGCUUUUAUUUGCUUGCCUGAUUCAGGUAAAUUGAUUCUUCACAGAGCUGCUGGUUGUUGUUAGUGUUAACACACUCGCUCUUUAGAGAGAUCUCUGUUUGUAUACUGAUUUGUUUUGAAGCAAUAAUAAUGUUAUCAGAUUA